CUACAGUUCCUGGAACUUCUGUAUACUUCACAUUUAGAUCAAUUUAACUAGGGAUCUAAGUGUAAGGACUGUACCUAGGCAAACUAGGUUAGAUCAAGUGGCCAUGUUAAAUGUGAUCUAACCUCCCCUUAACCUGCCCAAAUACCUUCAUCUACCCUUUGUCUACUAAUGGAGGGUGGGACUGUUACUAUGUAACAAAAUUAUGAUGGCAGCUUUAGUAAAAUAUUCCUAUGAAAUUAACUGAAAUCCUGACACUCAUUUAAUAUAGUUUGAGGAUCACUGCAUAACCAUUAGAUUAGGACUACUUUCAGUCAGAGAACUAAAAGUAUCCAUAUUUUUGUCUAUUGCCUUCUUUAUUAUUUAUCUUAGAUGCUCCAACUCCAUCUCCUUAUUGGCGAAUUGUGGCAGUGAUCCUUGGGUUCUUUUGCAUGGGUUUCAUGGCAACAGCUGGUGUCCUAGUUGUCAAGUUUACUCAGGUGUCCCACCUAAUGAGUGAAACAGAAAUGCAAGAAAACCUCACGCAGCAGCUGGAGCUUCUGCAAGCCCAGAACUUAAACCUAUCAAAGACUCUGGAACAACUAGCAAGCUCGAGAGGACAUAAAUGUACUCCUUGCCCUGAAAACUGGCUACAGCAUGGAGAGAAUUGUUACUACUAUUUUGCUGAAUGGAAAACUUGGCAAGAAAGUGAAGCUCUUUGCUCUUCUCUGGAUUCUAGAUUCCUUAAGAUAGAGAGUAAGAAAGAGCUGGAUUUUGUAAUGAAAUCAGCACAGUUAUACAGUUCCUAUUCUUUCUGGAUUGGUUUAUCUCGUAAUGGAGCUGGCCAACCAUGGUUAUGGGAGGAUGGCACACCUUUUUCCAGUGACCUAUUUCGCAUCCCAGAAGCCAGUUCCAGUUCUUCCCUGGUCUGUGUGUGGAUUCAAGGUACAAAUGUCAACACUGCAGAAUGUAGUGAUUACAAGUUUUGCAUUUGUGAGAAGAUGGUAAACCCACCAGGGAUUGGGCAAAAAGGCUAAUCAGACCAAUGGCAGGGCACAAUACUCUAUAAGGAAAUGCAUGCUGGGUUCUGCGAUACUGAAACUAGUUCUGCCUAGUGAUUUCUGACAAAGGCAGAUCCCAUUUCUAGUCUUCAUGAUUGUGGAAAAAUGCUUGAAAAUGUGACCAGAGUAGAACCCAGAAGCUCAAAAUCCAGAAGGGAACUACAAACAUCCAAAAUUUAUUUACUUUCCAGCAUUUUAAUUCUCCAGAUUUUCAUGCCUGGUGUUGGCAAUACUGGGCAGUAAUAGGAAACUGUGUUACAUCUGGUGGCUAUCAAAGAAACAGUGUCAGGGUAUAGCACACUAUCCAUUCUGUCUGUUUGCUCUGGGUAAUUGUUUUCCUAAAUUCUGUUGUCCAGCCUGUAUACUGUGAAUUUUACAACCUGUAUAAAUACUGUUGGUAACAAUAAUUUGUGUGGUAUAUCCUUCCUCCUGAUCCUCUGUUCCUGAGGACCUCAAACUUCAGAGCUUUGUAAGCUGGCUGUGAAAAGCCAUAACGCCAUAAGCUCCCUAUAUGUGGUGUCCUUAUACUUGCAUCUCUCUGGGAGGCUGAAUGGGCAGCAGGGAUACAAAGUCUUGGAAGUCUUGUUUCCAUAGCACCAAUCAACUCUAAAGCUGUUAGGAAAGAAUGAGGCCCUGUCAGCAGGAAAACUUGCCAGCUUUUCCUGGUCCUGUUAAUACCUUUCUGAUGCAUUUAGUGAAUAUUAAGCUCUAAAAUGAAAGGAAAUAGAAAAGGAUAAAAGCCAUUCUGCUUUUGUAGUACCACAGACAUAAAAGACUGCUCAUCCUUAUAAGUUCUGUCUCACUAGUGUCAUUUAGUAUUUGAGGCUGUGAAAAAGAGGGUCUUUGUCCUAAAACUAGAUCGUUGGUGAAGGGCUGGGCACUGCUUUGAGUUCGCCUAAAAGCAGUAGCUAAUGACCCAGGAAAAUAGUCAUUUUAGGGUGGCUUAAAGACAGGGAUUGAACAGACUGAAUGCUAACUAGGACUGAACAGUCUUAGUUAAGACAGUAACAAUAAUAGCACUGAGCACCUUUCAGUAUUUAGUAAU